UCAUCCGGUUGCCCAGAGACCACAGGGAACCACCGGAAAAUGUCUGCAUUUGUGACUUUGGAUUUGCAACAAGUAAUAUACCCAACAGCGAGUGUGUUGGAUCGCCGCAGUACAGUGCCCCUGAAGUUGCAAUGGUUGGCAUCAGGCAAUGUAAACUGGCUAAAUGUGAUUGCAGCUACGACGAGAAAUGUGAUGUUUGGUCACUCGGUGUCGUGGCUUAUGCCAUUCUCAGCGGGGCACUCCCGUUCGAUGGCAGCACACCAACCGAGGUAUUCACGAAUGUUUUGCGUCACAACAUACCUUUUCCACGCUCUGCCUGGCAGAAUGUUAGCGAGGCCGCUAAGGACUUUGUUCUCUUCCUUAUGACCCCGGAACCUUCCAAUCGGCCAUCCGCGCUGCAGUCAUUGGAACACCCAUGGCUGGUUUAA